GAGGACUUGAAGCACCAUAUGCCGUAAUGGUUUAUGUUCAUGGUGAAUCAUUUGAAUGGGGUUCAGGAAAUCCAUAUGAUGGAAGCGUCUUGGCAUCUUACGGUCAUGUCAUAAUGGUGACUUUGAAUUAUCGACUUGGUAUUCUAGGAUUUCUUAAAACGUCACGUGGCUUAAAUACAUCAAGAAACACAACAUCAGGUGGAAACUUAGCUUUAUACGAUAUAUCUGCAGCACUUAGAUGGAUACGAGAUAAUAUUGGAGCAUUUGGUGGCGAUCCAACAAGGGUCACGUUAAUUGGACAUGACACGGGUGCAGCAUUAGUAAAUCUUUUAUUAAUAUCAACAAUUGCAAAAGGUUUAUUCACUCGAGUAAUGCUGUUAAGUGGAUCAGCGCUAAGUCCAUGGGCAACAAUCCAUAACGCUGAUGCUAUUCGUUAUUCAGUAGGAAAACAAUUUGGAUGUUUGGUAGUAAACAAAUUUGACACAAAUAAUCAAAAUAAUACAUCGCAAUCCAAACCUCCUUCAAAAGAUAUAAUUAUGGAUGAUAUAGCGCCAUGCUUAAGAAAAAUACCUGUAGAAGUAUUAUUAGAUGUUCGAUUAGAGAACGCAAGAUUUAUGCCAAGGAUAGCACCGUUUUUACCAAUUGAUGCAAUUACAUUAGAUCCAGGUUUUUCAAUGGAACAUUCAAGUGAAUCUUUUAUAACAUGUGAAUUAAUGUUAGGUGUAACAAGUACAGAAAGUUAUAGUGAUUUUAAUGCCGCGGAUAUACAAUACGGUUUCGAGGAAGAUCAACGAAAUCGAAUCUUAAGAACUUACAUUCGUAAUGCAUACAUUUAUCAUUUAAAUGAAAUUUUUUCGGCUGUGCGUAAUGAGUAUACGGAUUGGGAUAAGCCAAUACAACAUCCAAUAAAUAUACGUGAUUCCACAAUGGAAGCGUUAAGUGAUGGUCAUACUGUAUCACCGUUAAUUCGUGUUGCAUAUUUACAUGCACGCAGGGGUGCUAAGACGUACUUUUUCCAUUUUGGUUAUCAAACAAAAGAUAGUGACUAUCCUCAGAGGCUUGGCAGUAUUCGUGGUGAAGAUAUCACAUAUUUAUUGGGUAUGCCAUUAGUAGGUGGCUUACCAUACUUUCCACAAAAUUUUACACGACAAGAUAUGGGUGUAGCGGAAGCUGUACUAAAUUUUUUUACAAACUUUGCAAAGACUGGUGAUCCAAAUGAACCACGAGAACAUAAAAAUGAUUAUGGUACAGUGAAAGAGAAGACGCGGUAUCGUGAUUUAGUAUGGGAAACAUAUGAAACGGGCAGUCAACAAUAUCUUAGUAUAGCAUUAAAACCUCGAAUGAAAAGUCAUUACCGUGGACAUAAAAUGGCCGUCUGGUUAAAUCUCAUACCACAAUUACAUCAACCGGGUGAUGAUGACGUCAGUAUGCGACACCAUCAUUUUCAUGAACGAGAACAACAUUAUUAUGCAGGUGCCGUUCGUCCAGAAUCAUUCACACGCCUGCCGCCCCCACUACAUCCAGCGUCAAUAACCGAUCAACGUCGAAUUAAAGGUGGAGCAGGAGGUAGUACUGAAUGUGUCCCAACAAAUGAAUUAGAAAUUAUCGACGACGAUGAUGAUACGUCUUUAAUAACGGACGAUGAUACUAAUGAUGAAGAAAAUGACGAUGAUGAAGAUGCCCAACUGCUAGAACGACUUGCUACUCGUCAUUAUUACAGUUACACUGCAGCAUUAGGUGUAACGGUUGGUGUAGGUUGUCUGUUACUUAUACUUAACAUGCUUAUAUUCGCUGGAAUAUAUUAUCAACGUGGACGUGAUCGACGAAAACGUGAAAAUAAUUUAAGUAUGUCUGCUAGCUGUGAGAACAUACCAAUGCAACAACGACCAGUGUUAAAUAAUCAAACAUCACAACAACAACAGCAACCUCAAAGCCCUACCACAGUUAUUGGUGCACACGUGAUAAAAGUACAUGAACCUCCACCAUGUUACGCAACAGUAAAUAAAGCAAACAAUAAUCAAUUAUUACCUGAACAUCCUCCACCUCCACCAAAGAAAACCAAAAUAAAAAAUUCUGACAAACCAAAACCACCUUUACGUACAUCAAGUGUACCACCCGGACCGUUGUCAGUGUCAUCGUCAAGUGUACCAAAUUCACCGACAAAUGUGGGAAUGACUGAUAUGGGAACAAAUACAAUUAAAAAACGUGUACAAAUUCAGGAAAUAUCUGUAUAG